CCGGAGUCCGUUUAGCUUGCUUUUGCUAUCAAAGAAAGCCCUACGCUCCCGAUCCUAUAUAUAUAUAUAUAUAUAUAUAUAUAUAUAUAUAUAGUUUCCCAACCCUAGCACCCUUCAGCCAAAAGUUUUCCGCCUCCUCAAUCGCCUUUGUAUAGCCUAAGGUUGCGAUUGAAUCUCAGUGCUGCUACAAUGUCUUCCAGUGAGCUCGCUUGUACCUACGCCUCUUUGAUUCUCCACGACGAUGGGAUCCCAAUCACCGCAGAGAAGAUUGCGACUUUGGUAAAAGCAGCAGGCGUCUCUGUUGAGUCUUACUGGCCUAGCCUUUUUGCAAAGCUUGCAGAGAAGAGGAACAUUGAGGACCUCAUUCUGAAUGCUGGUGCUGCUGGUGGCGGUGCUGCUCCAGUAGCUGUGUCUGCUCCUGCUGGUGCCGCUCCUGCCGCCGCUCCUGCAGCUGAAGAAAAGAAGGAAGAGCCAAAGGAAGAGAGCGAGGACGACGACAUGGGAUUCAGCUUGUUUGAUUAGAUUAUUCUAAUAGUUUGUUGUCUUCUAUUCUGUUAGGCAGUUUAAGACUUUAGUGGCGACCUUGUUGAAUUGUUGCCUUUUUUGAUAGUUAUCCUUAAAAGUGUUGUAAGUUGAGAAAUGACUAUAAAAUAUGUUUAUGGAGUUAUGAUUCACAGCUA